AUGGAAUUACCCGUCGUAGAUCUAUCUCGUUACCUUGAAUUCUCCGGCGACGAAUUGAGAACCGAUCUCCUCGCUUCAUGCCAAGAAGUGAGUCGGAUCCUUAGAGAAACUGGAGCCCUCCUUGUCAAAGAUCCACGAUGUAGCGCUCAAGACAACGAUCGAUUCAUCGAUAUGAUGGAGACUUAUUUCCAAAAGUCCGAUGAUUUCAAACGAUUGCAACAGAGACCUGAUCUUCACUAUCAGGUUGGUGUGACACCAGAGGGAGUUGAAGUUCCUAGAAGUUUGGUUGAUGAAGAGAUGCAAGAAAAGUUCAAGACUAUGCCUGAUGAAUACAAACCACAUAUUCCUAAAGGACCAGAUCAUAAGUGGAGAUAUAUGUGGAGAGUUGGUCCUCGGCCUUCGAACACGCGGUUUAAGGAGCUUAAUUCUGAGCCUGUUGUACCGGAAGGGUUUCCAGAGUGGAAAGAAGUAAUGGAUUCUUGGGGUUAUAAGAUGAUAUCCGCGGUGGAGGUUGUUGCUGAAAUGGCAGCGAUCGGGUUUGGUUUGCCUAAAGAUGCAUUUACAUCACUCAUGAAGCAGGGUCCUCAUCUUCUUGCUCCAACGGGAAGUGAUCUUAGCUGUUACAAUGAGGAGGGGACGAUAUUUGCAGGAUAUCACUAUGACCUCAAUUUUCUAACAAUUCAUGGAAGAAGUAGGUUUCCUGGUCUGUAUAUUUGGUUAAGGAAUGGGGAAAAGGUUGCGGUUAAAGUUCCCGUAGGUUGCCUCUUGAUUCAAACUGGAAAGCAGAUUGAAUGGCUGACUGCUGGAGAAUGCAUUGCCGGAAUGCACGAAGUGGUUGUCACGAGCAAGACUAAAGAUGCAAUCAAAUUAGCAGAAGAACAAAACCGAAGCCUGUGGAGAGUUUCCUCGACUUUGUUUGCUCACAUUGCCUCUGAUGCAGAGCUGAAACCUUUGGGACAAUUCGCGGAAUCAUCACUGGCAAGUAAAUAUCCGGCGAUACCUGCAGGAGAGUAUGUUGAACAAGAGCUCUCUGUCAUCAACCUAAAAGGAAAGAAUGGAUUUUCAUAACUUUGGUUUGUGUACUUCAGCCACAAAGCCAGUUUGCAAGGUCGACAAAUUUCAUUCUGUUCUACUUCAUUCCUGCUGAUUCUGAAGGUCUUAAAAACUGAAACUCUGCUUUUGUUGAAAGCAUAUGAUACUGAUAACUCAGAAGUCCGUCAAAUUUGGGACUUAUACGUUUGUUUCAUUUGAACUGGUUAAAUUUAUUUUACUCGUCAUCUACACAUAAAAAUGUAAAGCAUUACAUUACCCUUUA